AUGUCCAGGCGGCGCUAUCACGAGGCGUUCUUUGAUGAUGAUGGUACUUUUGCACACUGUUCAACUUUAUUUGCAGAAACGUUUUCAUCGAAGAGAGGCCGCCCCGAUAGGGAUACUGUAGAGUCUUUACUUUACCGGAUAGGCAGCAAAGUUAGUCGUAUUAAACUUCUGAUUCCACUAGGAUACGGAGAAAAUCCAAAGAGAUAUCAGCGAGUUAAGCCUUCUCGUUUGCAAUGAAUUAACGAAAAAUCCCGAACACUACGCUCGGAUUUUUGCUUCUUGGUAGUUGACGGUUUUUCUUACGUGUUAGUGCCAAGAAUAUCCCGGAGCGCACGGCAAUUUACACAACAUUAUUGGGACUUAUUAACUUGAAAAACCACAGUUUUGUUUCACAAGUUAGUCGGAAUUGGCUUCCUAUCUUUUAGGUUGUCGAAUUGCUUUUCCGUGAACUGAAGGAUGCUCUCAAAAGUUGCCGUUUUGAUGACGCCAAAUAUCUGGUAUAUUUCCUCCUUCCCAUUUUACCUUCCUCCAGGUUAGGUUCCUGUCAUACGCUGUUUGCAGCAAUGUUGUUCACCCAGGAUCGUUGCUUGCCCUUUAUGAAAAUUUUGCAGAAGUUACGCUUGAUGUCUGUGUCAGUUCUCAAGCCCGAACUGACUGGUACUCUUACGUCGUCCUCUAUGCGCUCCCCUAUGUAUGGUGUUUAUUUCAUAAUAACGUCCGUCUUUCAGAGUGCACAGUUACUGGCAGACCAUGAUGCUUCUGCCCUAAAUGCUGUCUUAAGCACAAUCAGUGUCUACUUAUCGUGAGUUCUUGGGUUGUUUUUUUAUUUGUUAGAAGAAAACGGACGAGACUAAGCUCUUAUGCCUGUAUGCUUUCUCUCUUAAGAGUCCAGGUUAAAACGACUACCGGAAAAUCUAUUGAGACGAUUUGUGGCUCUACAAGUUUUGAUUUUGUUUUCCCACCAAAUAUCCGCUCAUCUCUGUAGAUACUGUAGUCCACUAUAUCUAAAUUAUAGAUCCUGAAAACGGAACUAAAUUUUCCGGACUAAUUGCACAAUAUACGUUCUUCCCCCUCUGAAGUUCGUUUACAUUUGUCCUGCUCAUUAGCAAUCAUCGGUGUCUGAUCCACUGUUUUCUGUCACUAGGAAAAGAAGGACCUUGCAUGUACGAAUGUUAAGAGUUUGGGAUUCUGAUGAUCCACAUCCCCAGGAAGACGUAAGUUUAUCCCACUGUCUUCAAGUCACUUAGUUUUUGUGAAAACUGGCCGCGUGAAUCAAGCGCUGGUGUCUGAGUUGAUUUUAAUCUCCUUAUUUUUGCACCCAUGUUGAGGUUUGUCGCUAUCGGGUCCUUUAAUUGAUUUAGUGUUUGCAAAUGAAGUCCAACGUUUUACCUCUGCUUACACCAAAUUCACUAUUAUGAUCGCAUUUCUUAUUGCGCCCACCAAAGGCUCCUCCAACAAAGAUUCUUGUCCUAUCUUUUAGUAUCUUUCCUGUCUCUGGGCCCAGAUCUCUUCAAUGCGAUCAGCGGGCUGGAAGGAGCAUGUGUUGUCGAAAAUAAGCGACGCGUUUCCCGCUCUCAGGGAGUCUGGGCAGUCCUGCAAAUUUUCCCAAGUAUGUCUAGCUUGUAUUCUCAUGUCUUAACUCCCUUCCAAUCGUGAGGGUCUUAGCCCCUGCCUUAUAUCCCGUCUCUGCCUUUCACGCAGAUUACUCCACCGGACUAUGAUCCAGAAAUUGUCUAUCCUCUACCGCAAGUUGUUUUUCGGAUGUUUGACUAUACCGAUGUGUACUCUGCUGAGGAUGAAGACAUGGAGCAGGAUAACCAGACAACAGGCACGAAAACCGAGAACUCUGGGGCCACUUUGCCAGGAGCUCACACUAUCGAGCGGUUCCUCAUUGACGAACAAUUGCACAUAAUCUUGGAAACCAUGAACUUUAAUAGGGUUUUGUGGUGAGUUCGUCUUUUUUAAGGCAAAAGUGUUUACUCUGACAAUUGGCAUCUUCACUUAGAUGGAGUAGUUUGACCGUCGCGUGUGACGUCCUUUGUGUGCUCCACAGAGUGGGUACAGCACCGGUGACUUGCACGCGAAUUUUGUUUGUAAUGGGGCGGACUCGCACAGCACCUGUCGUACUUCCCUUCCUCAUUAACUAAGCAAGACAAUGUCAUGACGAAUGAAGGUGGGCGCGAGCGUAGUGGCUGAAAAAGCUAAACAGCUCGUCUACGCGUACCACAGACAACAUAGUUUCCACACAAUGUGUCGGGUUUUAGCAGAUAGGGGACACGCAUCUCGCGUUUGAGAGUGCCAUAUAGACUAAUUAAGGGGUCGUUUGAAUCUGACUCUCAGUUCUCGAGCCAUUCACCCCACAUGCACACAUAGAAAGCUGAUCACGAGGAUGGAGUUAUCUAGUCAGUCGGUAUCCUCCCAAAUUUCAAAGCAUGAGAUACUUAUUGUAAUGAGGAAUUCGCCGACGUGCCGUGGGGAUGAGUUGCUCAGAGUCUGCUUCAUUCUCUCCUCACUAUCCCCUGCACCAUUUAUCUGUCUAGACCCGGUCAGUCAUUUACCCUGCCUGCUCGUUCCACACGCGACCAAGUCCUUACUCAUUGCCAGAAUUCCAAAAACUAGGGGGUAACUCAGAUAUCACGUACAUGGGAGUGCCGUAAAGGGUACAUUAAAAAGGAGCUAUUAAGCCUGACUGUCGAUCCACCAGUCAGUCACCAAACACAAGACUGUUGGUAAUCUUCCAAGCCACGACUUUUAGCUCGUGAUAGCCUAACAACGACUCAGAUUUAUGAUAGCGAGGAAUACGCUGAUGUGCCGUGAGGAUCAGUUCCCAGAGUCGGUCUCAUCCUCUUCUCCCGCGCACCAGUCGGAUGUCCGAGCCUAUUAGUCAUCUGGUGAUGGGAUUGGGCACAGUGGAUGGCUGUCUACGCAUGCCACACACGACCUAGUCAGACACCGGGUUGUGUCAAAAGUGUACGCCCCACUUGCUCGAGAAGUGCAUAUUCUAUCCGUGUUUCGGGUGUUGUGAGGCGGGUUCAUGUGUGAUGUAUGCUUUGGUGGGGGCAAGGUUUGCGGUUUUUUAACGCCGGUCGUAGGCAAGCCGCAUUCGGCUGAAUAGGCCCAUGCAAUAGUGAGAUGUCCGUAAGCAGUGUGGACGAAUGCAGCGGGUGUAUAUUGGGACUCCUGACACUGAGACGCAAGUCUUAGUGCGAUGGGCUCACAAGUGACCGACCAGACCUAUGCGUGAUACGAAAGUGCUGUUGCAAUGGUGACAGUUUGGUAUCGGAUCCACAUUGUUGAUGGUAAGGGCACUGGCAGUAAUGUUUUGCUGGUCGGUAGGAGUGUCCUUACUAGUGUUGCAAGUAGCGGCGGUAGAGGAGAUGUUCUAAGAUGAGAGGCGGUUUGACCCUCAGACGUCCAACACGGCCGAUCCAUGCUCGGAAUGUCCGUCGACAUUGUUGACACUGUGGCAUGUGUUGGGUGCUGGCGUCACCGGUCUGUAGCACUUGUGUCUUGUAGGUCUCUCUCUUUCCGUUAGCAACGCCCAUCCGGUUGGCUUCGAGGAUGGCUGCUCUAGUCUCUACGGCAGCGCUCCAAGUCUGUCGAUCUUGAGCGAGGUCCUCCGAGGUCUCCGGGUUGUUUUCAUGAGUGCUUGAGUGUGAUAUUGAAGGUGUCCUUGUGGCGACGCUUUUAUCCACCUUUUCUGUGAACACAGGGCUACAUCGCCGCAGAAUAUCCUCUUGCGAAGGCGCCCGUGCGCAGCAGCAUGACCAGGGUACUGAGAACGUCGGGUUUUUCCAGGAUCUCCGUAUUUGGGAUCCUAUCGCCUCACCUACAUUUAAGAAGAAAGUGCUUAGCUCCCUUGCGUUACCUUCACAAGCAUUCCAUGUCGUCGCGGUGUACAAGAGGGUCCUUAGGAUAAUAGCCGUCUUCAUCCUCGGUUUUGUGUUGGGUACUGCGUUACGGGGGGAUCAGGACGGAGUGCUAUGGCCGGCCGGAUAACUCACCGACAUACGAUUUCGUCGUUAACCUUGAUGUAUUUUGAAGGUACGCGAACUUUUCCGUUGCUGCGAGGAGGUGACUUCCACUGACACUAAUACGGGUUCAUCGUAACUGACAUUUGGCACCGCUUUAUGCGGGACCACUCUCUUCUCCGUUCUGAUGGUUAGAUCGAAAUUUGAGUAGCCGAGGGCAAAGACACCCACACUGAGCUGCAUGUCUUCUUUUGUUGUGUUUGCCACACAGUCAUCCUCGGACAGUAGUUCGUGAACACUGUCGUGGGACACCCUCAAAUAUGCUUCCAGGUGACGGGUGUUGAACAUUUUUCCAUCGUCUCGAUGGUUAAUGUCGAUCCUCGGCCACACCACAUGGUAGGCGUUCAUCAGCAUGGUGGAGAAUGUGAGACUGAAUAGGAUGAGAGUUAGUAAGCAGCCCUACUUCACCCGAUUGGCCACCGAAAAUGAUUAAGAGAUUGCCCCGGUGUCCAUGCCACCUUAUCAUUUGAGCACAUCGCUCAAGACAGCAUGGUUUCCCAGAGUCCAUCAGCAUUCGUUUUGUCGAAGGCCAGUACAGAUCGACGAAGGUCCUCAUUUUCUGGCCCUUUUCCUGAGGUUGGCGGACCGCGGAGAUCACGUCUGGGGCUCUGUAGUGUCCUCAAAAUCUGCACUGCGUCUCAGGAAGAAUUCCUUUCUCCAGAUUCAUGUUCAGAUGACUGAGCAGAACAUGGCCGAGAAUUUUCCUGCGAUGUGAGGGAGGGGAUGCCUCUGUGGUUACUACAGAGUUUCCAGUUCCCCUUGUGUUUGUAGAUGUGGACGACGGUGAUCUCCUUGAAGUCCUAGAUGGCGUGUCCAUGUCGCCAUAUCUGCAAGAGCGAGAUAAGCCUUUCCAUUAAAUGUGGACUGUCCUACAUGUAAACAUCAGCCAGAAUAACGCCUGCUCAAGGUACUUUUCCACUGAGCAGCAGUUGUACUGCUCUGAUUGUCUCGGGGAGUGUGUGGAUUGUUCCUUGGUGGGGCGAGUGCGGGUUUCUUUGUCACAUGCACGUCACGCUGGUCACGCCUCCGAACGAAGACGUAAUUUAGCAGAUGCUAGUGACUCGAGCUGGAGUGCAUCCACGUCACCUUCUCCCGCAUCGGAGGACGGAAAAUGUUGCUCGACAGAAGAUGGUGUUCCACACAGACUUUCAGGAGAGGAGGCUACUGGUGUUGAAGUUGCCAAUUCUAUGGCGACCGAGCAUUCCUUUUCAGGCAGCAUGGUCUGUACCGACACGAGUAUUGAGGUCACCAAGGACGACCAGUUUGUCCGCCUUCGCGUACAGUUCCUCAUAGAACCUGGUCUUCAUGUCAUCGGAGUUAGUCAUUGAGGGAUGUAGGCGCUGACGAUGGUGACGAAUUUGGUUCUGCGGAGUGGCAGCCUCAUGGUCAUGAGAUGGUCAUUGACGCCUUGUGGCAGGCAGACAGUCGUCUCACGAUAUCGUCCACAAUGGUGAAGGCGACUCCGGCUUUUCGUCAUUCUGCUCUUGAAAUUUGUCUCCAGAAGGUGUAUCCGGCGCCCACCUCCAGGCUACCCUGUUCAAAGAAGCGGGUCUUACUGAGAGUCGCAAUAUCCAUCUUUUAGCAGGCCAGUCCGCGAACAACUUGAGCCGUCCUCCAUUCCAGACGAUUUUCCAUUAGUUUGUCUAAACCAGUGUGAGCAGUGUCACUCUGACAGCCUAUGGGGAGGGACGAAGAUGAGAAUUUUUGUUUGUUGUUAUUUUUCGACCGCAUUUUUUGCGUCCCCAUGCCGUGGCCGGGUUGCCGAUGGCAUGUCUUACUAGUAAUUUUUAGGACAUCUCAUUUAGUCUCCAUCACCUCGUCGGUGUAGGCAAUGUUGCCACUAACUACGGCUGCUUAGCCAUCUCGGGCGUCUGCUAAAUUCCACUAUGGGUUACGACUUGUUGAGCGGAAAGAUGGCCCGGGUUAGCCUAAGCCGCCAACACGAUUGUAUGUCGUUCUCGUCUUAGAUCUCUUUUGUUUGGAGACGCAGACGGAGUUUGGUCUACUGGGUGUGAAGGCCUUCAUAUAACUCGAGGUAUCCUAGAUUUGGUUUUGAUCACUCGGAGGGCCGUUCGGAUUUUUGACAGGAGCUGUUGUUGGGUAGGACAUUGCGUCUUUCCAGGUUACUGUCCCUCGAAAAGUUCAACCAUAGCGCGGAUCAUUGUCCUCCUUUCGUCCAAAAAUCGGCUUCACUCUUCGGACAGGGGGUGUUUAGGUCAGCCUAAUGGAAAGAUGGUGUCUCUGGUCAUCCUAUGCAGUACAUAAUCUUAAGAUUUUAAUCCGGUAUUUGACGCCACCUAAAACCUCGUUGGUAUGGCAAGCAACACCUGCCAUGUCACACUACCGUCAUGGUUUGCGACCUUUUUAUAGGUAGUCGAUUAGCCAGGUAGGUUCGUAGCCGCACCCAAAGGUGUUACUACAGCAUGGCUCUCUUCUCUUUAUUUGGCAAACUUACGAGUCUCCUUAUUUCAAAACUGAACCUCACUGGAGACUGUUCCUCUCUCCACCAUCUGUAGACGCGCCUGCUUGAUCAUAACUAGAUUAAUGGGCGGGCCUCGUCCUCACGCAUUUCCUGUCCUUCCGGUUUAAUAGAUCGAAGGGGGCAGAUGCCGUUAAAAUUUCGCCGUGCCCUUUUAUGACUUCUUUGUAGCAACGAUAAGGGCGGCUUCCUUAAAAUAUUACUACCAAUUCGACUUUAUUUCAUAGUGUUUCGGAACUACGAGGCUCCAACUUCAGGAUUUGAGUUGUUGCGCAGCAAACUUUUGCCCGAAAUUUUGGGAAUUCAUAUUACUAUUAUAUGUAUGCCAACCGAUCGCCAAGCUUCUUUGCUUGAAUAUUUUUCCUUUUCGUGACCCCGAUGGUUACCAUUAAUAACCAGGCAUCUGGAUUGGGAAUGCCGACCCGACUUGUGAUUGCGUUUUGUCUCAAACAGUAUCUUAGCCCCUGUCGCUUUAUCACAAAGCUCCUGAGUUUGGCUAACUAUGCGAGAAGACGCAUUCUGUAGUACGAUUGUUCUCACCGUCUGUCUGUAGUUCCCCUCGUUCCUUUCGAAAUCGAAGGAUCUCAUCCGUUUGGCUCACAUUCAAGCCGCUUGCCCUGUCCAUAGUUUCCGUGGACUUGUGUAACUACUAAGCAGUCUUGUGUGCCAAUUAUUUCGCUCAACAAUUCAAGCUCUGACCAGGCUCCAUACGUCUAUAUAACGCCUGCCUUUGUCUUCUAGUGCGCGAGCCCUUCUCGGUCUGCAGACGCGCGCCCGUGUCGCCCUGGAUUACAUGAUUGUUGAGGCCAUCUUUGCGGACAUAUUUCGGCUACCAAAGCCGCCUGUGCGCCAUGGAAAUUUGCUCUUCUAUGCCUCACUCCUCAUCCAGCUCUGCAAUGAGGCCUCAAACACUAUGCCCCUUGUCUUGGCUCAGGCCGCGGAGACCCUCUUUGAUCGACUGGACACCAUGAAGCCGGUGUGUGCCGCAAGGUGGGUUGAUUCUACCGACUUCCGGUCGUUCGCUGUAUGCCUGAAAACGCGUUAUUUUUACACACUUUUGUUUUUCCAGAUUCGUAGAAUGGUUCUCCUUCCAUCUCACCAAUUAUCAACUGCAGUGGAGUUGGCAGGACUGGUCCAGAGCCCUCUCCGAGCCUCUCAUGUCUCCUCGGCGUUGGCUCAUCUCUGAGACACUGCGGCGUCUUAUCCGGUUAGUUAUGGUCAUCGUGUCUCCAUAUUGCCCAGAAGGGUUAAGUGCUGCUUGUAUGUGGCCGAUCUUCAACAUUUAUUGUCUUUCAGGCGUCUGUUGCCUCUGGUUCGGUUCUUUGGGAAAUCUGUCAAUCAGCAGUUCCACGUUAAUUGACCCGCGAUGGUAGAGUCGUCCACCGCAAAUGCAGCUCCCAUGUUUGCAUCUAAGCUGUUGAUACCUACAGUCAGUGAGCGAUCUCAUAAAAUGUUAACCGUAAUUCGAAAAUACGUUUUCGAUUAGGAAAGAUUACUUAAGCGGGGUCGUAGUAGUGAUUGUUUGACGGCACAGCGCCGCGAUAUUUCAGACACCUGAGGGUGUUGGCUUUUGAAUGCCACUCAUUUUGGCCAUCUCCAAAAACCGCACGACAAAAAUGACUACUCGGUUCUUAUACGUUUUCUAUAUCGAUUUUCGAUGCUCUUGUAGAUUGAUAAGUAUGUUGCAGAAAAAUAUUUCUUUUUGUACCCAUUUGGUAUCAAAUCACGUCCUUUUCAAAUGUCCUACUCGAAGAAGGAGUAUCUUAGGGUUUUAAGAAAAGUACAUAAUUAUAGGAUUUCUAGAACCGUCCCAUGCCCAUUCGAGUAGCAUUGUAUCUGGCUGUUUGAUAAUGCUCCUCCUCAUUGUAAUGUUUCAUGAGCCCCAAAUGGUAUUUUCUUAAUGGCACAAAAGCAUUUAUGUUUUCUCCAUACAUGGAAAGUGUAUAUCUUGAAGCCUAAAAACCCAGACGAAAGUGCAGUGGCAGAUCUACUUCAAAAUUAGUCGGGAAUCGAUAACUUCUUUACAGCUGAAAGAUACUCUCUUUGAGUAUAUGAUCUGAAAAAGGCAUGAUUUACUGCCAGACGGGUAUAAGAAAUGAUAUUUUGAUGGAUCUUUUCCAUUGAAUACAUUUAAAUUUACAAGAAUAUCGGGAAUAUAUAGAGAAAAUGCAUACUACUUAAGUAGCCGUAUUUACCGGGUAUGGUUUUCGAAGGUGGCCGAAAGGGGUGCAUCCAAAAGCUAACACCGUGAAAUAUCUGAGAUAUCAGGGGAUUACGUCGCAAAAUAGUCAAUAUUACGGGCUCACUUUAGUGUUCCUUCCUAAUCGAAAGUGCAUUUCAGGAUUUCAGUCAGCACUGUAUGAAAUCGGUCACUGACUGCAUAACUCCUGUUUGGCAUGAUGUACGAUCUGCCGAAUUUAUGGUAAUGCAAUCCGUAGUUCCCAAAUGCACCGUGCUAAUUGACCCAUGUGAUCCUUCUAACUUACCAGCAGUUCAGGAAGGCUACCUUAUACACGCUUUUGCCAGUUAAGGACUUUAUUUUAGAUCCUCGAAACAAAUAUCUAUCAGGUUGUCGCGCCCGGGUUGCUCAUUUACGUAAUAGGAGAAAACGCAUGGUCUAACAACAGCACAGGCGGUGUUGACUGAUGUUUAUCAUUUCCAUUGGUGCGAAGGAAAAAUCACUAUUCACCCCCACCCCCUUCCCAUAAUUUUCGUCAAACACUGCCAGAAUAGAAGUCCUUAUGAACACAGGGGUAGCCAAAACCACAAAGCCACGUUCGGUUUUGUUAUUUAUACUGGUCCUCUGCCUCCUCAAGGAAAGGAGAAUGAGGAUUAAUCUUCCCUACAGGUCACAUUUGGUAUAAUCAAAGUUGUGUGCGUUUAUUACGCUGUCUUUCAAAGUUAGUUGGUGGUCUUGCCGUGUUUCGUGUGUCCUGAAUGCAUAAGACGAACACGAGCUGCCUAAUAAGCCGCUGCGUCCGAUUUUAUUUCAAGUCGGCUGUACCCAUUUCUGCCACGGUUGCGUAAUAAAAAAGGCGGAGAUGGAGGUGCUAGCUCCGCGCCGCCUUUCUUGUCCCCCUGAUGGAGGAUCGGGGCGCCACAAGUUGGCUCUUUGUGAAGCGGUUUGUGUAGACAAGGGCUUUGCAGCUGCUAUCCCAGGAGGUUUAUGCAAUGUACUCCAAACCUCACAGGAACGAGUGAGCCGAUGCAGUCUUCAUUCUGAGGCAGAGUCCUGUGGAUGUGAUGCUGAUGGCCGACUUUCUGCGACUGAAGACUUUAUUACAGAACGGCCCCCAAGUCCAGACAGCAAAUUAAACAUCUGAAUGUGCUAAGCAACUGUCGGCCUUUUGUUUGUGAUGCCGUUGCCUUCACGUCUCCUGAUCACUAUUAUGCAGUCGGGACCCGCCAUUCAAGACGCUUCUUCCAUAAUUCCUUUUUCGGAAUUUUCACCAUCACAGUUCUUUUGACUUGGAAAAUUCCUUUAACUGUCUCACAGUUAUUGACUAGCAGUGAAAGGUGAUGGAAUUUCGACAGAUUUAAAUGCCUUCAGUCGAAGGUCCUUUACUGAUACGGCACGCUUGCGUAGUUUAAUCUUGUAUCUAUCCUCUACCUCUUGUGCCUAAUUUCCUCUCCUUUUGUUUUCUUCCUUGGAAUCUCUGUGCCUACCAUGUCAGGUAUUCCUACCACGAAAAUGUUAAACAGCGCCUUCCGCGACCCUUCCAUCCCCUACUUCCCCCGGAACCCACUCCAGUCAACCCAUACGCCGACGCCUGUAAGUACUAUACUUGCACUUUUUUACUUGAUGCGACUGCGAUCAUGCCUGAUCUAUCCGGCCUGGAUGUUCAACAUGAUGCCUGUCCGUCGAGGCGAUCCGUCCCGGCGGCUGCAGUCUGAUCGCGUCGUUCUAUUUUUCUAUUGCGGAGGCCGAAUUCAGAUCGUCUGCAAAAUCUCACAUUCCAUGUUACACCGAACCCCCCCCCCCUGUGGGCAUGAUUCAAGAUAUCAGUACUGGGUUUAUGGGAUCGGGGCCGGAUCGUGUUAUCAAAGCAUGUUAACUCUUCUCCAUUGGUGACUCAACAUAUCCUGGCAGUUUUCUUGCAGCAAGGGUAGGCUUUCUCGUCUGGUCCCAAGUUUGUAUAGACCUCCCGUGUUCCCUUGUCUCCUACGCGCGCACAGUUCAGCAUUUCCUGUCCUUUGCGGUACUAACUGUUUCCUCCGGGAUCCAUGGACCCCUCUAAAAUCCACAAAAAAUUGCUCUUCGUAGACUCUGGUGACGAUACUAUCCCCGCUGUUCGUCUGAAAGUAGCCUAAUCCCUACAUAUCCGAAACUUGUCCACUUCGUCUAGGUGACACUCCUUGAUCACGGGGAGUACUUGCAGUUUGCGAAAUAUCUUAGCGUUUCUACCGUUUAUGAUGAUCUGUUAACCCCGGCGGAAGAGGGAAGGCACUACGCUCUAUGUCUUAGGACGAAUUAGUCAGGCAGCGUCCGGCUGACAAAUUUGAGACUGUCAAAGCUGAGUUGACUGACUUCGGUCAUUUGCGUAGUUGCGAAGGAUGGACGGUAGGAUGCAUUCCUGAUGAACCGUUGUAAGAGGUUUUGGACGACGAUGCGGGCAGGAAUGUAAUUUUGCCGGUCUGCCGCUUACUUUCAGUGUUUGCCACGAUUAAAGGAGUUGGAUGCCCCAGGGAGGUUAAGAGUACAGACCACCCCUGAUCGUUGGUAGUCACGGUGGUAUUACAGGACUUAUCGCAUUUAGUUCGAAACUCGGGUUUUCCUAGUCUCUUUCUUCCGCCUUUCCUUAAUCAAAACUCACUUAGAACGAAGACCCUUGUGGCUGUCACACCUGAUCUUAUACCGCAGAGUUGUGGUCGAGUCACAUUCGUCAAGCGCUAUCUAAUUUCCCUCCGUUCAAGUCUUGCGCGUGUCUCUCACGUUUGAGGCAACCAUUUGGCUUGCCUAACUUGCCCAUUGUCCUUUGGUCGGACUUCAACAGAUCACUGCCCAGCGUGGGCUUGGAGAAGUUACUGCCUUACCAAGUUCCAUUCAAUCGCCGUGUUUUAAUUCUAACAGCCCCUCGAAAACUGAAGGCUUUCAAUCGGGUUUUUGAGGCCUUCUGCGACCGGCGCAGCCCGGAAAGCCUGCUUGACCUCAUCAAACGACUGACUUCUCGCGACGGCCAAGACGGCAGUGGAGAGGAAAGUGAUCCAGACGAGGACAGCGACGCCCAUUCAAGCCGUCGUUCCAGCAGCCGACACAGCUCGCGCAGUAGCAGUGCCUCGGACACGGAGAAAGACGAGAAAAAGGAGCGAUUGAAGCGCCGGCCGCACAUUAUCGCGUCGCGCCGCAACCCUGCUGGCGGUAGACGCUCAGAAGCACGAGACAGUGGUCGUGAGGAUGAGAACGCGGAGGUUGACGGAGCCGCGGACGAGGCGGGCAGCGUCACAGUAGACCCCCUGCUGCGGUCGGGUGCGUCCGUGGGUCGAAACGCCUCUCCGCCACGUCUGGAUGAUGCUGGGUUCGUGGCCGCGCCCGGGACAGCGAUGCUGGCCGCCGGGACGGACGCAACGGCAGGCGGCACGACUGGCGCUGGUGGCGGCGCAUCCCAUCAGCUCUGCGUGGUGCCCGGCGUGACCAGUCGCCCGCUGGAGCUCUUCAUGACUGCCCUUCUCUAUCGGGCGCACAAAACAAUCAGUCAUACCUGCUCUCUGUUGAAACGGUAGGUCUAAUUCCCUGCCGCCAAGCCCCUAGACGCGUUUAUAAUUUGUCAUCUAUGUCAGUCCGUAUAUGUCCACACUGUACUAUGUCACCAUCAGUUACAGGCUCCUUCUCCAACUGACAUAUUUACCAAUACUUUUAAUGAGCAUUUAUACUAGCCGAAAGAAGGCAUCUGAUUCCCGAACUCAUCUUCAAUUUAAUCGGUGCCAUUUUACUUUCCCAUUAGGGCUUAAAACUAGCCCUGAAUUUUCUAAGUGCAAAUGCGUCUACAGUACAGGGCUCAGGACUAGUUCCCUGUCUUCAAUUAAGAUAGAGUUUAGUUUUCACGAAUGUGGUCGAAUAUGUAAGUCUUAGGCCCCUUUUGUCAGGAGGAAGAAUAUAUGAUUAUCGAAACGGUACUUGUACUGGUUUAACCUUUUUCAGCCUGUUCGGGAGCAAUUCUUCAGAGACUACGAAAGCACACAACAACAAUUGAACAUCGAGGGAUCUUUGGAUUGUCUAAGUUCAGCGAAUAUUCCCAUGUUUCAAUUGUUAAGUCAAUGUGGUAUACACGGCUUUUCGGUAAGUCGUCAUCAGGCCAAGACAGUUACAUAGAAGUUGAAAUUAUGCGAAGUUACAUGGUUUAUAAGUGAUUCAGGGGUUAUUAACACUCAUCGUUCCCACGCCACCCACAUGUCAAGGUGUGCUAUGGCGUGGUCGGUGUGUCGUGGUCAUUGGGUCAAGGGGGCGAGGGGGAGGGGGGGCAUAGGCUGUGAGUAAUGUUUGUACGUUGUGCACACACCACUGCCAUCAGGAGGUUGGGGCGACGCGCAAUUAUCAUCUGGGGUCGGUGUUGGCCACGGAAGACAGAGCGCCUGUGUCAGCGUCUUCUGACGACAUAAGACUGGAUUGGCUAGCAGUAUAGCCACUGCCUCGGCUGUAGCUGGCACCCGUUGGCGUAGGCCUCUGGGGAAGCUUGCUGCUGUCCGGUGGACAACCUGAAAGGCUUCUUUGGCAUCGACUCGGUGAUUAGUAUCGACAGGAUGUGCGAGAAUAGAACGCAGCAAGUGACCUGGUAAGAUGACGUCUGAAGACAGCGAUCACACGCGCUUUCUCCGCAGCAAAUUUACGCAUAUGUUUCACAAACUCUCCCCCCCCCCCCUACGCCUGGGAGGUAAAAGCCGACUCCCGUUGCAGGCCACAUCGAUGUGUAUUUACUCAUCCACUUGCUCCCGUGGAGCGAGAUACAUUGGCCGUACAACGUGAAUACAUACCGGCCUGGCUAGGCAGAGGUGAAAAGAAAUCGAUUUCGAGUUCUGCUCUCGCGCAUCCUGUCGAUACUAAUCACCGAGUCGAUGCCAAAGAAGCCUUUCAGGUUGUCCACCGGACAGCAGCAAGCUUCCCCAGAGGCCUACGCCAACGGGUGCCAGCUACAGCCGAGGCAGUGGCUAUACUGCUAGCCAAUCCAGUCUUAUGUCGUCAGAAGACGCUGACACAGGCGCUCUGUCUUCCGUGGCCAACACCGACCCCAGAUGAUGAUUGCGCGUCGCCCCAACCUCCUGAUGGCAGUGGUGUGUGCACAACGUACAAACAUUACUCACAGCCUAUGCCCCCCCUCCCCCUCGCCCCCUUGACCCAAUGACCACGACACACCGACCACGCCAUAGCACACCUUGACAUGUGGGUGGCGUGGGAACGAUGAGUGUUAAUAACCCCUGAAUCACUUAUAAACCCUGUAACUUCGCAUAAUUUCAACUUCUAUGUAACUGUCUUGGCCUGAUGACGACUUACCGAAAAGCCGUGUAUACCACAUUGACUUAACAAUUGAACAGUUUUGUAGUCUGAAAACUAGUAAGGGGCGAGGCUGGAUUUGCGAUCUCUAGCUCACAGUGGCCGCACGCUGCGGUGCCCGUGUGCAUCCUUGACCGGGAACUGGGCCGCGCCGUUUGGCGCUCGAGCAUAAUGCGCGAUAACUGGUGGGAGUAGGUCAACGCGUUUUUUUGUGGAGUUGGUGUCAGCGACCCAAGCCUCCAGCAAUUCUUACCUGUUUGCUCAUCUUGGUUAAUUUAUUUUUAGGUAUUCGGAAACUUUCCGGUGUCUCGCUUCCACUGUGGAAUCGCAGGUUGAAGCUCUACACAUCCUCCAGGCCGUCUGGGUGAAUCAGUCGCAAAUGGUGGUGGUUAUUUCGGACUACAUGUGUCGCAAUGGCCUGUUGGAUCCAGAAGCCAUCGUCAGAUGGGCCUUUUCACCCCACAUGACUGCAUUUAAAGGGCCGCUUUCGCCCUCCACAGACUUCUACGUCAAACCUCGGAUUCUGGAGUGCGUUUAAAUAACGUUUAAAUCACCUCCCCCCCCCCCAUCUCCCAACCGUUUCCAAAGUUGUUUGGAAUUUGCACGCACUUAUUUUGUUCAUUUAAACAUCUUCAGGCUGCAUGUUUGGGAAUGUCUGCUGCACACCCUCGUCCGCGUGGGCCGGCGUGUCGCCCAAAUAAACCCGAAGUUGGAGGCCGCCAAGGAAAGUCUGGAGAUCCAGCGUCACAAGGUUUGUCUCGUGCUGUCACUUCUCUUUCCCUGCCCCUCCCCAACAACCGCAUGCGCACCCUAACCCAACCCCUUCUUCUCUCCUUCCUCCCAAUUAGUCUGAUUCGGACAGCUCUGAGAGUGAGGAUGAAGAGGACCGGGGCGGACGCUCCAAAUCAAUCUCCUUGCGCCGCGACCGGGACACCGGUGGACAUCGACGUGUCCGUUCGCGGUCCUCUGACGAAUCAGCCGAUGGGCAUGAGCGUGACUCUCGGCGUUCUGUCGCGGUAGCUGACAAGGUGACGCGCCUUGAGGAGGAGCGUUGCGAGGCUGUGCGCAGCCAGUGUGCCGUUAUUACCCUGCUGUUACAUCGUCACGUCCGUCUCAUCGACAGUGUCGAAGAAGCGGCUGAAGAGGCAGCGGCCAAUAGUGCGGCGGGCGAAAGUGAGGCAGCCGGCGAAAUGUCACGCGAGGAGUUGGGCUUUGUAAGCUACUGGCUCAAGGGUCGCCUCAUGCAGACGGUGCUCGAGGUGAGACUUUUUUAGUAGUUUAUUUGGUAAAGAUAAUCGACAAUGCUUUUCCGUUGGGUACAACUGCACACGCCAAAUAAAAAUUGUCACUAAUAAAAUAGUACUUACAUGAUACAAGUAGCAUUUUUAAAGGUAAACUGGGGUUCACGGGGUAUCUAGCUCAGGUUCAGACUGCCAGGGGCAAACAGGGGACGCAGAUAGUCAUUCAAGCGUUUCUUGAAGAGCUUCAAGGACGCUGUCCACACGACUGAUUGAGGUAGAUCAUUCUUACUGUCACUUCCUAUGGUAUGAUACUUGCCAACGCGUUUAUUUUGUGGACGGCCAUGAGUGGUGGUACCUCAGUCACUGUGCGCACGCUCUCCGCCAAUCGUCUUUGUCUCGCAACCUGAUAACGGUUAAGAUGCUAGCACUGAUUAUAUUUGUGUAGUGGCGACGAGGGCGAUGGUGUUAUUUCUGACUCUGGGAAGCCAAUGGAUAUGUGUGCGGCUAUCUACAGCGACAGACACUACCAAGUAGCUGGACACUGACAAACUUUGAUGCAAUGACCCUCCUAACUCAUCGCAUAGACUCACCAAUCUCUCACUGUGGGUGCAUAAUUUUGUUUCUCGUCCCUGAUCCCAUUUGGUACUUAGUUUUUAAUACCGGUCUGAUUGAUUUGCAGCGCAGUAUGUGUAUGUUUUUUUCAUUUCUGUCAACCUAUGCAGAGUUUGUCCGCUCUGCGAGGUCGAUUAAUCGGUCACAACAAUGUUUGUAAUAGUGGCGGUGGCGACGGCGACGACGACGGAACCCCUGUUCAGGUUCAUAAGUCUUCUGUUGUUUUCUUUCCCUGUUUUAGCAUCAAGAUCAGUUACUGCCCUACAUGGAGAACCUAGAGGCCCUGAUGUCUGAUGUGUGCCCCUUCGUUCAAGAGGUUUUCCAGUCCCUACGAAGUCUCUAUGCCUGA